UAUAAAGAGAGUGACAAACAGUCAGUCAUUACAUUCAUUCGUGAAGUCUUUUAGUUUUAUAAUUAUUUGAAAGUCUCUCUUAAAACUCAUACAAUGCCUCCGCAACCGAGUGGUAAAGCCGUCAAAAAGGCCGGAAAAGCCCAAAAGGCUGUCAGAGCCGGAGACAAGAAGAAACACCGAAAGAAGAGGAAGGAAUCCUUCUCGAUCUACAUCUAUAAGGUGUUGAAACAGGUCCAUCCCGACACUGGUAUCUCAUCCAAAGCCAUGUCGAUCAUGAACUCGUUCGUCAACGAUAUCUUCGAACGUAUCGCUGCCGAGGCUUCACGUUUGGCUCACUAUAACAAGCGAUCGACCAUCACUUCUCGGGAGAUCCAGACCGCUGUCCGACUUCUAUUGCCCGGUGAAUUGGCCAAACACGCCGUCUCUGAAGGAACAAAGGCUGUGACCAAAUAUACCUCAUCCAAGUAAAUGGAUUCCUAAGACCACAUUGUGUCCCAACAAACGGCCCUUUUUAGGGCCAAAAAAUGAUUGAACUAAAGGAUUGACUUAUUUUUGAUAUUGUCUUUUGAUUGUUGAUUAUUAUGUGAUCUCUUUUUUUUAAAAAUCACUUAUUUUUUAUGUGUAUUUCAUCUGAUUUUUAGUCAUUAAAAUAAAACAU